CUGUCUGCGUACAAAUACGCUGGAUAUGGUCAACUGAUUCGCACUAUUGAUCUGGAGGCAAAGAACGCUUCACUCUUCCAAGAAGGUGGCGGUGCAUUACUGAGCGCAGCUGUUGAAUUGGCGAACCAUACUCUGAUGAGCAGCGCUCUGAAUGCUGAACAGCUACGAAGAGAGCAAGGCCUAGAGGCUCUUCAAAUCGCAUUUGAUCGCUGUGUACCUGUGAUUACAGUGAGUUCUACACCGACAGACAUGGCUGUGCAGGUGUGCGAACAUAUAUGCAAUUGUUUUGCUACAGCUGCGAGCUUUGAAGCAUGUCGUCAACGUAUCGCAGAGAUGCCCACUGUCUUUGGCAAUAUAUGUCGAUUGCUUCAAUUUCCGGAUCUUCCCCGCUUGUCAUCGGCGGCUGCGCAAUGUGUCUGUUCGAUGGCUGUGGACACCUUGCUGCAAACUCAAUUGUUCCAGUCAGGUGUACUGUGGCAACUUGUUCCACAUCUUUUCCAUUACGACUACACUCUUGACGAAGGCGGUGUUUCACAUAGUGAAGAAUCAAACAAGCAAGCGAUGGCGAAUCGUUUGGCUCGGGUCAGCUGCGAAGCAUUAGCUUGCUUGGCAGGGUUCAGAGAGGCUACACCAGAUAACGAUGGUGUGCAGAAUAGUUUGCGGGCGCUCUUAACGCCGUACGUUUGUCGAUGCAUGCGAACAGAAAGUAAUGAUAUGGUAGGUGUUCUUGUUAACCUUGAUAAGUGA